UAUUAAAUCCAGUCAAUAGACACAGCAUCCAAUAGCAAUGGAGGAAACCCGUUUUGGGGCGUUUGCCGACAGCACAUCAGAGAAAUCAGAAAAAAAAUUAGCAAAAUCUGAAAUAUCAUAAAUAUCUCUCUCUAUAUCUGUCCGAAGAAUAAAUGGUGCGAAUCGCCAGGUCGAAAACUCUCAGUUGCAAUGUUACGGACCGGUUUUACUAGUUCCGUAGUAUAGAUUGCAACUACUGCAAGAAUACAAAACAAAUAAAUAUCGUCAUCUCAUCUGGGAUUCCGUUCAUUCAGUGCCACAAAGCAGCUUAAAUUAGAAUGAUCAGAGUUACUACGUGCCUGUUGGUGUUUGUAUUCUUUGCCUUUUAUAUCGAUCAAAACUAUGCCUCCACCAAAGUGCUUUACGAAUUUCACAUUAGGGAAGCCAACCAACAGCGAGAUGAGAAGGGGGAGAUCAAGGAUUCGUCCGAGGAAUCUGGCGAGGAACCCGAACUGAUCAUCACCGGCAAACGAACCUCUUCGUACGUUUUUCCCAUCAAGGAUAACAACUAUGUGUAUGUGGAAACGGCCACCUAUGUGGCGGAUAACAAUGGUUAUCAUGUCAAGUACAACAUCUCCUUGGAUGCCGUCGAACUUGACCGUCGUCUCAGCGGACAAGCACUUAAGACCACCGCUGGUUAGGCGGACACAUCGAGUAUUAACAUAGUGACUAAGUCGUAGUUGUUGCAAAUACUACAUUAUUUAUUCGAACUAGAAAGUGACAAGUUCUCAAAGCGCCAUUGCAAAUAAUAAACGGAACUUUGAAAGCGA